AUGCCACCGAGUAAUCUUAGGCACCAACUAGUUCGUAACCGCUUAUAUGACCGUCUAUGUGCAACUCAAAAUUGCAUAAUUUUCCCUAGUGUUAGAGACGGUGAUUGCAUGAGUUCGGGUACAGUUUAUCUGAUCUCCUGUAAGGCGUGCGGAGACGAAUACGUUGGCGAAACGGGUAGAUCACUCUGCGUUCGUAUAAAAGAACACUUAGAUCACAUUCAGGCUGGUCUAGCCCAUGCCGUUCUACUGAACGAUCCUGUCACAGGGCUGGUGCACUGGGUUCCAGAGUUAGAACGAUACAUUGACUACCAUGGCCGCCGUUUGAGUAAAGACGAUCACAUUCUUUUUGUACGUCUUCUAAACUGCUUGGUAACCAAAGGAAACACCUUCAAAGACGUUAAAAUUGCACUGCAUUGCCUCAACAAGUUACUUGGCAAGCGCGACUUUCUUCUGCGCGGUGAUUUGGUAAUUGACUGGCGACCAUUACUGGAACUCUACAUAGAGGUUUCAUAUAAGAAUCUGGAGGAAGAUGGGAUAUUUCUUAUGCCCGACGGAUUCAAAGCUGAGCUACAUGCCUACGUUUCACAUGCGCGGAGAUAUUUUUCGGAUGAUUCCCCGCAGCAGUUGCUCGACGAGCUACGCCCCCUGAUGUGCGUUUGGGAUGAGUCUGUUGUACGAGCAUGGCGAUUGUUAGAACUUUUUAUGCCAAUGAAUAUUGCAGCUGAAAGACAGCUAACUCAUGGCAGUGGCUUGUGGCUUGAUGAGGCUUGGCAUUGGUUUGUUACAGUUGAAAACAACAGCUUGGUUGAGGCAUCCAUUCUUAAGAUGUUUGUCAGGUUGUCUGUUGAAUGUCCUGGAUCUAUAAAUUGGUACGAUAAACUUGAUGUAGUUUUUACAAAGUUGAUUCGAUCAUUUCGUCUUGGAAACGUGGUCGGUCUCUGUCAGCAGUUCAAUCUCGAAGCAGCGUCGGGAUUUAUCACCUUUGCCAUGGGUACUCAGUGUCAUGAAAAGUUAAUGCAUAAUUUGGGAUCGGUUUUUCGUCUAGUCGAAUCGUAUUUACACCCGUCAAAUCAUGGAAUCCACACUCAGAAUCUCCUUGUACUCUCAUUUUGUGUUUUAUCUCGAGUGAAACGGGAGCGUAUGGAGAAAACUUCAAGCAAGCCAAGAACCUUCGUAAAGAUUCCUGCUUCAAUGCGACUUUCUCAGAACCAUCUCGAUCAGUUUGUAACUCAAAUGCUGCCUUGUUUGAAGCUAGCGAUGUUUUCUAAGGCUCGUAAUGAAUUCGUUACUCCUAUCGUUAAGUGCUGUUGCAGCAUCAGUCCUAAAGUUGUGUUACCAGCUGUGCUAGAUGUCGUGUAUCCAGCAUUAGAAACUCUUACUGAGCCACAUCGUUUGCUUCAAGCUCUUCAAGUGCUCGUAGCUGUAGCGCCAAUGCUCGCUAAAGAUCAACCGGAUAAAGACGGGAAGACAUUUCGGGUUCAUGCUAUUAACCUAAUGAGCUCCUUACUUCCUGGUUUGGACCAGAAUGAUAUGGGUAAAUGUCUCACAACGUUCCAGAUUGUUGGGGUGUUGGUAAACUUGAUUCCAUUAGUUGACUGUUCCGAUGCUGUUCACCUUCGCUCGGAUUUAACCGAUGAAGAGAAAGAGUUAUGCUCUGCGACUGCUAAUUUUGACAGCAUUAUUGCUAUGUUCAUGGACAAGUGGGUUUCUAUUCUUUUUCACGACAAAAAAGAUUUCCUACCGAACGCUGCCAUCAGCAAAACUUUUAACUGCUGUUUUCAGAUGUAUCCCACUCUAUCGUUCGUAAGGUUCUUCUCCUUAAUCAAGAAGAAGUUGCAACAGUGCAUCAGCGUGGAAACAUAUUCUGAGGAAAAAGUCGAUUUUCAAGUAAUAUGGUGGCUAUCGAUGACUGAUCGAGUUCUAAAGGCUCCUGCUAAUCAUAUUCUUGAAAAUUGGUCAGCAGUUCGUGAGUUACUCGAAUUGGUCCUGCCACUCAAGAAGUGCACGCUGGCUACUGUAGUAAGUUUUGCAUUAUUAAUAUUCGUAUUGGAAAGCCUUUGCAGUAUCUACCUCCUUGAGUCUCCUACUCGUAGAGCGAAUGCUGACAAAAGUAUGGAGGAAACGUUAGCGAUACGGCAUUGGUCUGCAACGGUUGACAAGAAAACAUGGUGUCCUCAGUGGCAUGUCCCAUCCCAAGAGGAUAUAGACCGUGCAGCAGAACUAUUCCGUGUUUUUGUAAUACCAGCACUACAGGCGUUAGCUACUCCGCAUGGGAUGGAUAAAAGAGAAGUUAUGCAUCACAUUAUUCUAAUACGUAACGCGGUGCUGGGUGCGUCGGCUUCGUUACCAUUCUUUGAAGGUCCAAGUUUUGGUCUGGAGGAUUCACCGUCGCUUGAAGCAGUUGAGCACCCAAUCGCUCGUCCAGUUAACGCCCCUAUUCUCACGUUGGAUGGUAAAAGUGUGCGAGAUGUGGUACUGAAGAGUAUGCGGACGUUGCUGGAGUAUUUGUUCGAGCAGUCUGAAGAUGACGUCAAGUCUAUCCAACAAAUUGCUAUGCUUCUGAAUACGCUUGCUUCAUGUCGUGGAUUAACCUCAGACUUAUACGUCACGUCGGUCUUGAGUUACCGCACCACGAAAGCUAUUCUCAGCGAUCAAUUGGUUGGAAAUCGUGGAUACAUCGAAAUGCUCUCUGAGGAGUAUGUACUACUCAUGCACAAGAAGCGAAAUGUAACACAAAGUGGAUAUCAAUGCAAGCCUCAACAUAUCGAAAUUCUUCGUAUGCUUGUUAAGAUUGGGACGAGCACGUACAGUCAAAAUCGCAUUAAAGCGCAACUGGUGCUUGUGAAUCUGCUCAAGGACUAUCCUUUUGCUCACAAGAGCAUAAUAGGUGAACUCAUUGACCUAUUGAAUCCGUCUCGUAAUUCAUCACAUGAGCAAAUAAAGGGAGCUUUGCAUAUACUAACGGACCACAAACGUGAUGCGUUGCUGCUGCGAACUGGAUUUGAAGCACAACUUCUGGCGAUGCCUGCCAUUGUUGGAACUAGUCAUAGUGAAAAGCCAUCCAUCAUUGGUCUGCUUGAACAAGCGCAAAAUUCGAUUGUUGAUUAUUAUGAAAGUUACCGUAUCGAAUAUGAGGUGAUCCAUUUCAUGUUUAAAAUCUUUUUAAAGAUUCCUGAUGAGAUGCGUGAAAUCGCCAUGGCACUACUUGACGAGAAAGAAGCGUGUCCAUUAAAUGCAUGUCGUGGAAUUCCCACCGAAGAGGUUAUAAGAGCAAACUAUUAUGGGUUGGCUGAAAAGCUUUUGUCUUUGGCAACAGAUCCCAAUCUACAUUGGCGGCAUGUAGAUAUGGCUCAGUGUUUCUUGCCUGUUCUCCGAAUGUGGGUACGUCUUCUGGUGCACGAUACUGUGAAAGCUCGACGAAUGGCAACUGCUGUUGUCGCCAGUUGGCUCAAACUCAACAAACCGAAAGCUGUUAAGAGAGAAUGGAUAAUUCCAUAUAAGGAGCCGAAUACGUCUGUCGGUGCAAGGUGGCCUAUCCGUUAUGGUAUUCGCAAUGACAAUCGCUGUAUGAUGUAUGAAGAGGAACGGUUGCCAAAAACUGAAGAAGAAUGGGAUACGUUUCAAUUUUGUGGGAAACAGCAUUGGGGAUUUUACACUUGGCCACAGAAAUUGGUCACAUAUGCUCCUCUGAUUGAACAAAACGCAAUCGAUCGGCACGAUGAAGAUUUAUCAGAAACGGAGAUGUUUAUUGUAGAGACAUUCCGUGACCAAGAAUUCUCGGCACGGUUGCGUAAGUUAUUCGCUGUGGAAGAGGCGAAGGACGAGUCAUUCAAUGCAGUGAACUUUUCGCUGUUUCAGGGUCUUUUCCGGUGCUUUAACGAUAUCCUUUGCCCUGUAUUCAAGGAACACCUUGAAGUCUUGGUAAACAGUCCUAAAGGCAGUGAUCAAAAACUUGCAUCGGAGAUGGUAGCAGGUCUUAUUAAUGGAUCAAAGCUGUGGAAGUGGGGUCGUCAGAGGAGGAUGUGGACGUGGCUUUCUCCAUUGUUGACAAAAGCGCUAGAGAUUAUGAAGGAAGAGGCUAUGAGGAAUUGGGGUGUUUGUGUGGCUACAGUUUGCGGUUGUUCGGAAUCGCGUAUGUUGAAGCCACUAUUGGACAUUCUUUUUGCACUCAUAAAUAGACCGACGGAAAGCGCAUUUGCAGCACAAUCACGUCUAUUCCUUUUGCAAGGUGGACUAUGCCAGUUUGAAUGGCGUACUAUAGAGUUGUGGAACAAAGUUGUUGCUCAUCUAUCAAAGGUAGCCAUCGCGCAACAGUAUGCGAAUCUACGCGAUAGGAUGGCAAUGUAUGUGUCCAUUUUCUUUUUUCGUCCUUGUCCAGCCAUAGAUGCGCGAGAAAUGGGAGCAUGUUGGGAUGAGACACGCUUGAAAGGUGGAAACACGUACUCAGACGCACCUGAACUGGUUCGUUCGUUUCAGAACGGAUCUGGUGAUUCUGAAGUGAAGAGAACGGCUCGACUUGCUCUAAAGGGAGCAUUGUCUUUCACAUUGCAUCUGGCUGGACAGUCGCUCACAUCUAUUCCACCAUCAAUUCUGCGACUUCUGCCGAUCUUUUGUCACUACAGUAAUGACGUUGGUGAUGAAGAGCUCUACAAGCAGUGCUUGUCAUUAUUAUCAAAGCUUCUUCAAGCAACUUAUGUUCCCGAGGCGAACCUAUCAUGCUUAAUGCAGGUUUUUCGUCAAAUGUUAAAAUCCUCAUCAUGUUGGUGGAAAUCGAAAGUUACGAUGCUUUGGUUGAUGAAAGUACUUGUAUUCUCAAAUCUUUAUGUCUUCGCGACUGUGAAAGAAGAAAUCGGUAAACCAAUCUCAUUGAAUUAUUUUUAUCAGUUAGAGGUUCGUCAAACUGCUGCAAACACCGUAUCGGGCUUAAUACAAAGCUCUUUUUUUCCCGUUACCCCGAAUCUAUUGGCUACGUUCAGUGAUCGGACUAAAUCGAUGGAUCUUCUCGAACGGCAUGGUGGUGUUUUGGGUCUCUCGGCAAUCGUCUUAGCUGCUCCUUAUACCGUCCCAUCAUAUCUUCCGGAUGUACUGAUGCGAUUAUGUCGUUUUGCUUCAGAUAAGCAGCCGAUUCGGGAUACAGUUAAGAAAACGUUGUCUGAGUUCAAACGUACUCAUCAGGAUUCAUGGCGUGAGCAUGAGUCUCAGUUCAAUGAGGAUCAGCUGUGCGCUCUGCGGAACCUUUUCGUCUCACCGAAUUACUACGUGUGA